ACCUUGAAGAAAGUUCCAGACGGAGGUAUUUUUACGUUGUACUUCACUUCCGGCAACUUGAUAGUUAGCCUAAGGUUAUAGUGGCUGUUCCUUUUUUCAAUGUUUUACUUGUCUUUUAUUUUUUAAUUACAACAGAGAAGUUAUCAUAAAAUGCGAUUAAUUGAGAAUAGUGAGAUUAACGUUUUAUUUGCGUUUUAAAAGUGGUAUUUAUUCUAUUUAGCGGCUCUCUCGCUAACGUUAGCAGAGGAGCCUGUAGGCUAACCAGUUAGCUCAGCUGACGUUUGCUAAGCCAGAAACUGGACAACCGGUACCGGUUCGGAGAAACAUCUCCACUUCUGCCCCAUUUCUUCCCUCUGACUCUAACAACGGAGACCUUACGUUUUUCAUGCGAGCACCGGAGUCUGUUCGGACAUUUUAAUGGGAGGCGGCUGGCUCCGGGGUGGACAUUGCGGGCAGCAGUCUCCAGUAAAGCGGAGCUUGUGGCGACGCGUCGGGCUCACAUGGAGUCCCUGGCCGGCUACGUGUACAAGGCAGCUAGUGAGGGUCGAGUCCUGACCCUGGCCGCGCUGCUGCUCAACCACACCGAGGCGGAGACCCGCUUCCUGCUCGGCUAUGUGACCCAGCUGGCCGGCCAGAGGUUCACUCCGCUCAUCAUAGCCGCACGCAACGGACACGACAAGGUAGUCCGGCUGCUCUUGGACCAUUACAGAGUGGACACCGAGCAGACGGGAACCGUAAGGUUUGACAGCUAUGUGAUUGACGGGGCCACCGCACUGUGGUGCGCAGCAGGGGCGGGGCACUUUGAGGCGGUGCGCCUGCUGGUGAGCCACGGUGCCAACGUCAACCACACCACCAUCACCAAUUCCACACCACUGCGGGCAGCCUGCUUUGACGGGCGCCUGGACAUUGUGCGCUUCUUGGUGGAGCAUGAUGCUGACAUCAGCAUCACCAACAAGUACAACAACACCUGCCUCAUGAUCGCCGCCUACAAAGGCCACGCCGACGUAGUGGGCUUCCUGCUGGAGCGCGGAGCAAACCCCGAUGCCAAGGCCCACUGCGGCGCCACCGCCCUGCACUUUGCCGCGGAGGCAGGCCACCUGUGCAUCGUGGCGGAGCUGGUGAGGCGGCGGGCAGUCAUGGCUGUAAACGGGCAUGGUAUGACGCCACUGAAGGUGGCGGCAGAGAGCUGCAAGGCGGAUGUGGUAGAGCUGCUGCUGGCGCAUGCCAACUGUGAGCCACAGCGGCGCAUUGAAGCGCUGGAGCUCCUGGGUGCCUCCUUUGCCAACGACCGUGAGAACUACGACAUUAACAAGACCUACCAAUACCUCCAUACCGCCAUGGAGGAGCGCUAUCGCGACCCGUGCAACAUCAUCGCCAAGGAGCCACUUCCGCCCAUCGAGGCUUACGGGGGGCGGCAUGAGUGCCAGACACUGGUGGAGCUGGAGUCAAUCCAAACAGACCGCGAUGCUUUGCACAUGGAAGGACUGAUGAUCCGUGAGCGCAUACUGGGCUCUGACAGCAUAGACGUGUCCCAUCCCAUCAUUUACCGCGGCGCCGUCUAUGCUGACAACAUGGAGUUCGAGCAGUGCAUCAAGCUGUGGCUGCACGCGCUGCACCUCCGCCAGCGAGGAAAUCGUAAUACACACAAGGACCUGCUGCGCUUCGCCCAGGUCUUCUCGCAGAUGCUCCACUUGAAGGAGCGCUUGGGGGCAGCGGCAGUGGAGCAGGUGCUGGGCUGUAGCGCGCUGGAGAUUCGCCGCAGCAUGGCACGCAUGGACACCGCCGUUGAGAGCGAGCUGCCACAAGCAGCGGACAACUACGAGUCCAACGUAUUCACCUUUCUCUACCUCGCCUGCAUCACCACCAAGACGCCAUGUGGCGACGAGGAGCGCAUCUGCAUCAACAAGCACGUGUACGACGUGAUCCAGCUGGACCCACGUUCCCGCGAGGGUGCCUCACUGCUCCACCUGGCCAUCAGCUCCAGCACGCCCGUGGACGACUUCCAUACCAAUGACGUGUGCAGUUUCCCAAAUGCGCAGGUCACCAAGCUGCUGCUGGACUGCGGUGCACGUGUCAAUGCUGUCGACCACGAGGGCAACACACCGCUGCACGUCAUCGUGCAAUACAACCGGCCCAUCAGCGACUUCCUCACGCUGCACGCCAUCAUCAUCAGCCUGGUGGAGGCGGGCGCUCACACCGACAGGACCAACAAACAGAAGAAGACGCCGCUGGACAAGAGCACCACGGGCGUGUCCGAGAUCCUCCUUAAGACACAGAUGAAGAUGAGCCUCAAGUGCCUGGCAGCGCGCGCUGUGCGACGCCACCACAUCACCUACCGCAACCAGAUCCCCAAAAGCCUUGAGGAGUUUGUAGAGUUCCACUGAUUGCCAUCUUGUUUUAUUUUUGCUUUGAAAUGUUUGCUUCUUGACUUUUUUCCCUUGCGUCACAUUUUUAAUGAAGCUUUUUUUGGACAAAAUACACACAAAAAGUAUUUAUUUUUUAUCAACACGCUAAUUAAAGUGUCUUUGCUGCACUGUCAUUCAGAAACAGUUCAUGGUCACGUGCUAUGUUAGCGCUGAUGCUAGCAUUCACUUUGGCAUGCAUCACUUUAGCAUUAUUUAUCAUGUUUAAUUUGUUGUUUGGGUUUUUUUUUUCUUUAAAGUGAACGUUCGCUAGGAAGCUAGCGUUGCCUGUGACGAUGCUACGCACUGACCAAACCAUCACUCAAUAACUCCGCCCACAAGUUAAGUUAACUCACAUGUGUGGAAGAGUUGCAGAUUCUUUUUCGUAUUGAUUUUUAAUCCUCGUGACAAGCUGAUUGUGUACCAUUUAAUUUGUGGAGUAGAUUGCAUCACAUCCAGCCCUGCGAAGUGCCUCGAACCUGCUUUUUGUUGUGUUGUCCAGCAGGGGGCAGUGUUUAAUAUUAACAUUGUAACUCCCAAUGAGAUGUGUGAAACAUGUUGUAUUCACAAACUGUAAAAAUAAUCUACACGCAAGAAAACUGAAAACUCAUUAAAAGAGUGAGAAUUUU